AUCACAAGGAGCUAAUAUCAAUUUGCUUUGCUUCCCCUGACACAGAAGUAUACCUUCCUGCACUGCGUUUUCAACAUGUUGGGACCACUCACCUUCCUCAGUGCUCUUGUUUUUGUGCUUGGUCAUGGCCAUGCUACCCAUAUGCGAUGGUGCACAAUCAAAGACCAAGAACAAAAAAAAUGCCAAGAUUUUGAAAAGGUGUUGAUGAAUAUAUCGAGCGAACACAACAUGACCUUGGAACCUAAAUGCGUUCAAGGAAGUAAUGCCAUUGAUUGUAUGGAAAAGAUCAAAAACGGAGAGGCUGAUCUUAUUACACUGGAUGGAGGAGAAAUAUAUGUGGCAGGUAAAAACUACGAUAUGACUCCUGUGGUUGCGGAAUCUUAUGGAGAGCCGGUCGGUAUCAGUUACUAUGCUGUGGCAGUUGUUAAAAAGUCAGGCUCGGUCAAAUCGAUCCAGGAUCUUUAAGGCAAGAAAACCUGUCACACAGGAGCAGGAAAAACCGCUGGUUGGGUUGUACCAAUUGGUACUUUACUGUCUAAGAAGUACAUGACACAAGACUCUACCUGUAACCCGUACGUAUCAGCUGGGAACUAUUUCGCGAAAAGCUGUGUACCAAGAGUGAAGGAAGCCAAAAUUGAUACCACGGGAAAGAAUCCCAGAAACUUGUGUGAGCUAUGCCCGAUGGAAUGCGAUAAAGAUGGAGAAUAUUCUGGUUACAGUGGGGCCUUUAAAUGCUUGGUGAAUGAUGUGGGGGAAGUGGCAUUUGUAAAGCAUACAACCGUAGCCAGCGAACCAAACGCAAAAGCAGAUGAUUACAUGUACCUAUGUUACAAUGGAAAUAAUGGUGAAAUCGGACAGCACGUGAGAUGCAAUCUUGCUAAAGUUCCCGCCCACGCAGUGAUGACCAAAAAGGGACACAGCAACAAGGCGACGUAUAUCAAUAUUCUACUAAAAGCGUCAAUGAACUAUGGAAACGAUGCAGGGGAUGGGUUUAGGAUGUUCGAUUCAUCGAAGUAUGCCAAUGGAAAGGACCUCCUGUUCAAAGAUUCCACCGAAAAGCUGGUGGACGUCUCUGAUCAAUCCUAUGAGUAGUUUCUUGGUGAGGCGUACAUGGGCGACGUCGCAGCGAUCAGCGAUUGUGUUUCAGCUGCUGAAAGUAAGAGGCCUUUCUUUGUUGGCUCUCUCCUAUUUUCACUGCUAGCUCUGAUGCUGCUCGUUCGAAUGUAAUUGACAUGCUGGUUAACCCACGUUUGAGGUGAACUUUGCGAAAGUAAGAUAACGAAUCUUUCGCGGUCGUUGUUAUGUGACAGGAAGGUCGUGUUCUAUUGGGAUCAAUCGUUUCAAUUACAAUCCCUUUUAUGGCUGAAACGCGGUGGCUCUUUUUAAAUGUCAUUGCCAUGCUUCUCCGAAUUCACAAGAUCAAGGCAACAAUUGCUGUUUUGUGGCGCGAUCAUCGCUCAUUUUAACGAUUAUUAAUUCUACCUCCGUGGCUAGCCUAGCGAAAGAGCAGGAGUAAGUUAUGUACAGCGAGCAUCACAGCCAGGAACUUAAGCACGCGCUUGACAUCAAUAAGCCCGCGAAUAUACCCUGCAAGCAGGCCCUCAUUAUUUGCGCUUUAACGCGAGCGUUUCUGCGCCCGCGGGAAAGUACAAGGUAACGCCAGUCGGCGAGGGGUCUGGCACUAAGUAUUAGCGCCAGACCCCGAAAAUCUCACGCCGUCUCGUUUCAAGUCUUCCCGCGCGAGCGGAGAAACGCGCGUCCCGCAGUUCUGGCUACUCGCAUGCUACCAUGAAAAAGAUAGUGGUCGCUACCCAAGAGUUUCCAUUGUUUCAAACUGGUUUGAUUACGGUUGGAAAAGUUGAUCACCCCACUUCAAACGGUUUUCUCCCAGUAGAAAAGGGGAAAACCUUUCUAACAUAACCAACCGAAAACGAUUGAUCCAAAUAGAAUACGACCGAAAGCUUUUUGUUAAGUUUUCAUGUCGUCUUGGUUCAUUCUAAACAGAAUAAGCAAGGCCGACACAAAAAAGCAACAACAUUUUUCCAGAGGUUCAACACGGGUUGGCCUCGUUUGUGCGCAGGCAUUUUAUACAACGUCACGCUACAAACCGGUUAUAGCCAUUGCAAGACGUGGACAUUGCGUGACAAGUUGAGAAUGGCUGUAAGCAAAUUGAAGGAGGCAAUAAAUUCGUGGAUUUUUUGAGAAGUAUAAAGCUAAGUGAGCGUCGGAUGUAGUUUCCUGUCGUCAUUCUUAAAAAGAAUAGACGAAACUACUUGUCAUCCGAUUGCAAAGCAAUUAAUGAAGGUAAAUAAUAAUAAGGAGAAAAAAGAGCAGGUUUUAUCAACUUGUUUUAUUCCAAAAAGGAAUAAAUAAGGUAUAAAUUGUUUAAGUAUAGGAGAGGGGAAAUUAAGUUUAUUGUUUCAUUCGGGAAAGAAUAAACAAAGCUUAUUUUUCUAUGGCAGCAAUACAAGUGGAUGUUGGUCUUCUCUUUUUAAAAAAUGAGCUUUUUGUUUCAUUCGGAAAAGAAUAAACAAAAGUAGCUAAUUUUGUUGUUGAGCAAACUCGUGUAGUUGAUGUUUAGAGAAAAUUUUCUUGGACCGUUUCAUCCGUAAAGGAUAAACUAUGCUAACUUUUUUCUCUAAAAGGAGUGAUAAGUGUGUAUGUUUAAAGAAAAAUUCAGUUUUGUUUGUUUCAUUCUGAAAUAGAAUAAACAAAGUUAAACUCA